AUGAUUGCAGGUAACAUGAGACUCUUCCUCAUCGCCUUCGCGGUCCUCGCUGCCGUCAACGCUCGUUCUGGUAAGCCUACUGGAAGAGGUCUUUGAAAGAAAAUCUCAUUUCAGUUGUCCGACGAGACGCUCAGAACUCUUAUGGAGACGAACCAGCCGCCGCCGCUCCAGCUCCAGAAGCCACCUCAGCCCCAGAACCAGCUCCAGCUCCAGCUGAGGAACCAGCUGCUCCAGUUGACCAGGGAUCCGCUCAGGCUGCUCCAGCUCCAUCCACCAACUCCGGAUACCGUGCCAAGCGAGGAGCCCAGAACUCGUACGGAGAUGAGCCAGCCGCCGCUGCUGCCCCCGCCCCAGAAGCCGCCGCGGCCCCAGAACCAGCCCCAGCUCCAGCUGAGGAGCCAGCUGCGCCAGCCGAGCAAGAAUCCGCUCCAGCGCCAGCUCCAUCCACCAACUCUGGAUACCGUGCCAAGCGAGGAGCCCAGAACUCUUACGGAGAUGAGCCAGCCGCCGCUGCUGCCCCAGAAGCCGCUCCAGCUCCAGCUGAAGCCGCGCCCGCUGAGGAGCCAGCCGCUCCAGUUGACCAGGGAUCCGCUCAGGCUGCUCCAGCUCCAUCCACCAACUCUGGAUACCGCGCCAAGCGAGGAGCCCAGAACUCGUACGGAGAUGAGCCAGCCGCCGCCGCUGCCCCCGCUCCAGAAGCCGCUUCUGCCCCAGAACCAGCUCCAGCUCCAGCUGAGGAGCCAGCCGCGCCAGCUGAGCAAGAGUCUGCUCCAGCGCCAGCUCCAUCUACCAACUCUGGAUACCGAGCAUAA